CGCUUCCAACUUUCGAUCAUUAGCCAGCGCAACACAUAUAAUUCUCUUUUCAGAGAAAGCCCUCAGUAUGACAGCCAAGAUUGCUUGCAUUGCCGUUAUCGGGAAAGCCGAUAACCCUCUCCACAUCUCACUAUUUCCUCCUUAUACAGACUCAACUAUUGAAUUCAACUUCUUAUUAAAUUCAUGUCUUGAUAUAUUUGACAUCCAUCAGAAGCAGACUGCCAUCAGCCAAGACCUGGGCCUAUUACAUGCAGUCGAUGAAAGAUUAGCAGCCUACGGUUGGUUAACAACCACCGGCGUCAAAUUCCUGGUAGUGGUGGAUUUAAUGGGGCAACAAGUACCUAUUGGCGCAGAAAAAUCCAAAGGUGCUGGCGCUGCCAUGAGUGGGUUAAGAGAUGGCAACCUCAAACCAGCCUUUCACGCCCUCCAAACUGCCUACAUCCAACUCUUGCAAAACCCGUUCUACUCCCCUGAUGAUCACCUUCCUCUAGUCAAGAAUGCGGCUGUACCAACCUCGACAUCUCAGGAGAUCACAAAUAAAAAGUUUAUCAACGAGGUAAAGAGAAUUGGUGAAUCCUGGGCCCCUGGUAUGGUUGCAGUCUGAGGAGCUGGUGGUUUCGUUGAAUGGUCGAAGAAUCCCAGUGUUUUCGGCGUUCGGGGGAUGGACAAAGUUUAUGGAGUAUUGGUUGUAUGCAUAUAAAUGAUCAAACUGCGGUUUACGUAUGGACAAGUUCUAGUUGAUGGCUACCAAAGUACUUUCUUUAGAUUACCUACAUCGCGUUAUUCAAGUCUUUACUGUCCUCUACAUAGUACGGAGUACAAAUGCGAUUGUCCAGAGUGAA